CAGCAAGACAGAGGCCAGAGCCUCCUGCAGAAGUGACUGAUGUAUUUUGCUGAGAUACAAUGGGCCCUUCUGGACCCAUGCCAGAGACCUGUCUACAGGGACAUUGUGCAGGACAAUUUUGGGACUCUACUGUCGCUAGAAAAUGUUAAGCCUUUGAAAAACAGAAUUAUUCAUCAGGCAGGACAGAGUCUUGUAACCUGGAAAAUUGCAUUAUACUAUGUCCACAAAUGUGUCUCCAGUAAAAUCAUCUUCAUGUGCCUGUUUAUUAUGAGUACUUAAAAGAAACUAAGCUCAUGGUUGUCCUAUGUGGUGAUAGGAGAAAAAAUAAACAUGAGCAUAUUUUUUGCCCCUGUAUAUUUAUAUAAGUUCAUAGCUUCUAAAUCAUUUCAAGCACGCUGGUGGAAUUUAAUAGACUUCUGCUGGUUAGUUACCAAAUGUCAGAAACUGGCAAAAAGGGUUAGCACUUUCUGUUUGUGUCAUCUUCUGUGUCACAGCUCAGAUUUGGAUAUGAAAGCCUAUAAGGUGUCUACAUGAUAACAUUAGCAGAGGAGAGAGGUAUUUUUAAAUAAUUUCUGAUCCAGUUCUUCCACAGAGCCUGGGAUGGGCAAUACAACUAAAAAAUAAACCUGCAGCCUGGUAAAGUAUCCACUACCUUUCUUAGAAUAAUACAGCAUGGAUAGCUGUAACUUCCCCACCACCACUGCUCGCUUCACUCUCUUUCUUUUGGCAGACGGAGGAACCAUGAAUUCAAAUUCACAGCCGGGAGGGCCUGAGGGUAUGCAGAAGCAAGUCCAUGGGCGGCCUGAGGGCUCUGCUUAUGGGGGACAACCUUCAGCUGGACAGCUGAGUGAAGAGGCAGAAAAAGGAUGGGUCAAGCCACCUCUUCUUCCCCCAGUGACAAAAGACAACAACACCAUCCCACCCCGUGGAAUUCAUAUAGGGCCUGGGCCCAGCCUGUGCAUCCAGUGUGGAGAAAGUCUUGCCCAGACUCAGCAAAUCCUUGCCCAGACUCAGCAAACCCUUGCCCAGACUCAGCAAACCCUUGCCCAGCCUAAGAGAUCUCUCCUCUCUGCUGAUAAGCAAUAUCCCUGCUCUGAUUGUGGGAAAAGCUUUGGCGUCAGCUCCCACCUCACAAUUCAUCGGAGAACUCACACUGGUGAAAAGCCCUACGAGUGCAACGACUGUGGAAAAAGUUUUAGCCAGAGCUCCACACUUGUCCUCCACCGCCGCAUCCAUACAGGAGAGAAGCCAUACAAGUGCACAGAUUGUGGGAAGAGCUUUUCCGUUAGCUCCCAUCUGACCAAACACCAACGCAUCCAUACGGGAGAGAAACCCUAUGAAUGCCAGGUGUGUGGGAAAAGGUUCAGCCAGAGCUCCACCCUCAUUCUUCACCAGAGGAUUCAUACAGGGGAGAGGCCUUAUAAAUGUGAUGAAUGUGGCAAGACCUUCAGCGUCAACUCACACCUCACCAUCCACCAGAGAAUCCACACAGGAGAGAAACCGUUCCGUUGCAUGGAAUGUGGGAAGAGUUUCCGACAAAGGUCUGGUCUUAGCACUCAUCAGAAAACUCACAUGAUGCUUGUGAGACCUUAUAAGUGCCCACCUUAGAAAGUUGGACCCACAAGCCUAUCUGCAAGUACCACCAAAAUUCUCCAUCUCUCCUUCUCUCACACACACAUGCACAUAGUUUUUAAAAAAUCAAUACAGAGAACCAAUUGACCACGUAGUUUUGCACUGGGAAGGCAGACUUCAAGAACUCAAUUUAGAUUUUUGUAAUUAUAAUGAAAAGAAGUCUUGUGCAUAUUUUGCCUUAACUUGCUUGCUUAUGGAUAGACACGCUGCUGCAUAGUGAAUUUUGAUAUGACACUUGAACAAGUGAAAAGUAAAACUCUCAGCUAAAUAAAGAUCCAGAAUGUAUGUCUAUAUGCAAGAACAAGGAUGAAUCAGGCCUACCUGGAAGUUAUAUUACUGGAUUAAAUCCCUGUUCUCUGAUAUGCCUCUACAAGUCCAGCUUCCCAGCACCGAUGGUCAAUCUUUUCCAUCAUACAUUCUGCUCCAUGAAAGACUGUGGUUGGAGAAAGAAUCUUACUGAAAAUUAUGGGAAGCUUAGGGUAACUGAGUUGCGAGGAUGCUGCCCACCAGGCCACAAUAAAGGUACAGAAUUAUGUAUCUUCAAAAAAGCAAUUCAGUUUCCACAAUGCUGAACAUUGAAUUUACCAAGUACACCUACCGCAGUUCAUCAUUUCUGAGUUCCUACUACUCUUUUCAAUGUUAGUUAUUUGGAGAAUGCCUGAAACAUGAUUACACAUCCUGAUAUACCAAACAGACAGUACUAGUGACAUUGUGGAAUCAUCCUCUCUUAUCAUUUGUUCUCCUUUCUUGGGCAAGUAAUUGGGCUAAGUAAUUCUUAAAGAUUCACAAAGCAUUUUAAAAGUGAAAGAACACAAGAUGGGGAAAAUGUGAAUACCAGCAACUCCUGAUCUCUUCAUAUCAGUGCUCUGCCAUUUUGUAAACAAUCCCUUUAAUCUAGUUGUUUCCCGUUUUUACUACCAUUUUUAAGUGGCUGUUACUGUAAUUGUUAGCUAUUUUCUCUGUUGUAUGACUGUGAGCCUCAUCUGGGCCUGUGGUGUUAAUUAGGAAGUGGGAUAGCAAUUUAAGUCAUAAUUAAUAACUUCUUUUUGAAAUGUUUGAAGGAUAUACCCCCUCCUCAGUUCAUUACCCCCAAAAAAUACAUUUCCUCUGUGUUUUAAUUUAAAAGAGAAGAAGAAAGUGUGGGCUAAAGCUUACAAAGCAAGACAUCUGAAGUCUGGUCUGUCUUUUUAAAAAACCCAGAAUUAUGGGAUAUUAAAGCAGUAUCUCCUGUGCUAAUUCUGCUCCUCCUGAUUUAUCUUCAGUUUUUUGCUUUAGCUAAGUGGCAUUCUGAAUAGAAAAAAGGUUGAACAUGUCUACAUUUAUUUAGGGUUAAAUAGGAUCUCUGAAUAUGUCUGCAAAGCCUGUCUCUUAACUGCAUGAGCCACAUGUAAGUCAUCUUUUGUCAACAUAAUGCAGAUUAUUUCUUCCAUGUUUUUCCAAAACAAUGAUAGCUGGAAAUUAUGGCAAUUAAAAUUCAACAUAUGUAGAGAUCAUCUCUUUGAAGAUAAUUUACAUAAGUGUAACUAUCAGAACUAGCAAAAUUAAAUAAAACCCAUUCCUGCUUUGUUUUAUGUGAUAAUCUAUUGUACCAUUUUUGUAGCUUUAGAAGCUUUUUCCAAUUAUCAGCCAUUUAUGUUUCUUCAUCAAUAAAUCUCUCGCUACAAUCUGACCCUUUGUCUGAUUUCACUAAAAAAAGAAUUAAAUUUCAAAGAA